UACUCUGAAAGCGCGCACCGGAAAUGCGGAUGCUUAUUUUCCCGCCAACUUGACGGUCGGAGGCGCCGCAAGAGACGCGAGGCCGCCACGGAGGAUUCCGCAUUCGGAGGAAUUCAUCCAGCCAGGACGGAUGAUGGAGGGCAGCUGGACGUGGGAGCGUUUCCCGGGGCAGUGUGAGUGUGUUCGGGCUCCUCCGGAUCAGAUCCCCGCUCUCUGCGCUCCACGCGCCGGACGGCGGUAGCUGACUGCCCGGCUUGCUAGCCCCGCAGUCCUUCAAAAAAAAAAAAAAAAAAAAAAAAGAGAAGAAAAAAAAAAUCAGCGCUCCACAGUCACGGAGAACCGUCUGCUGCUGUUUCGACCGAGCGGUGGCCGGCAUCCUCCUCACCCCUCCUCCUCCUCCGAGGCCCGAGAGACGAAGCUCCUCCAUCCCUCCCUCCAUCCAUCCGCUGCGGAUCCGUGACCGCUGGGAUCGAGCUAGCAUCCUCUGGAGGUGGCCGCUCGCCCGCCCGCCCGCUCGCUCGCGCGGCUUCGCCCAGCAUCCCUCCUCCUCCCUCCGCCCUCCACAGGAAUGCUAACUGCCGGGGAAGUGGCUCCAACAUGACGGGCGGCGUUUCAUCCGGCAGCGGACGCGUUUCCUCCAUGCUGAAGAGUGCCCGGAGCCCGCAGCGUGCGUGCGGCCGGCCGCGGAUGACACGCGCGCAGGUCGCGGCGGCUCGGCGCGGAUUCACCGGCUCGUGCUAGCGUGGCGCGCGCGGCUAAAGAGGCGGCUAAUCUCAACCACACGGCGGCUCCCUCCACCGACCCCAUCGCCAAUGGUGUCCCACAAGGUCCUCGUGGCAAUAAUCCUCCUGAACGUGUACGUCGGCGUCCAGUCCGUCUUCUACCUGUUCGGCGGCGUCCUGCUGACGGUCCUGUUCGCCAUGGCGUUCCUGAACGGCCCGCGGCUGCUGGACUGGGCGAGCUCUCCCCCGCACCUGCAGUUCAACAAAUACGUCCUGACCGGGUACCGGCCCAUCUCCUCCGUGCAGGACUGCAUCCGGAGCCUCUUCUACCUGCACAACGAGCUGGGCAACAUCUACACGCACGGCAUCCCGCUGGUCUGCUUCCUGGUGCUGCUGCCGCUCAACAUCCCCUGGUCCCAGAUCAGCGUGACGUGGCUGGGCGUGGUGCACUUCCUGGCCUGCCUGUCGCCCCAGCUGGGCUCCGUGCUCUACCACCUCUUCAUGAACCACGAGGGCGGCGAGCCGGUCUACCACACCCUGCUCAAGCUGGACGUGUGCGGGAUCUGCAUGAUCAACACGCUGGGUGCGCUGCCCAUCGUGUACAGCACGCUGCUGUGCUACCCGCUCAUCCGCACCGUGGCCCUGCUGGUCUACAUCCUGCUGUCCAGCCACGCCAUCUACUGCGCGGUGACGGCGCGCAGCAGCGUGCGGCGGCUGCGCUCCUUCGCCUGGCAGGCGCUGUUCCGCUUCUCCUUCUUCCUGCUGCGCUGGGCGGGCGUGGGCGGCGGCAGCCCCACCUCGCUGCGCCACUUCCUCAUGAUGGACGCGCUGGCCGUGCUGGGCGGGGUCAUCAACAUCACGCGCAUCCCCGAGCGCUUCCGCCCGGGCCUCUUCGACUACUGGUGCAACAGCCACCAGAUCAUGCACGUACUGGUGGUGGGCUCCAUCCUCUACCUGCACUGGGGCGUGCUGGACGACCUGCUGUGGAUCGACAGCUACAACUGCCCCUCGGACUGACCCCCACCGGGGGGGGGGCUGGGGAGGGGCGGGGGGCGGCGGUGACGCUGUGCAUGUGUUCACCUCAUGUGCUCAAACUCAGAAUGUUCAUAUCUUUGGUCCAUCCCGGUUCUCGGUGUGAGUGGAGGUAAAACAGCUCGAGUCACACACACACACACACACACACACACACACACACACACACACACACACACACACACACACACACACACACACACACACACACACACACACACACACACACACACACACACACACACACACACACACACACACUCUCAGAAACUCUGUUUCGAGGCGUCGGUUUGAAGCCUCUGCUGCCUGAUACAGGUUUUGUGGGAGCGUUCGUCACGAUGGUUCAGAACGGUGGAAGAGAUUUCUCACGCUCCGGUCCUCUCAGAUGUCUCUGUUGCUACCUAUGCAGCACAUCCAUAUCUCAUCUCUCACACACACACACACACACACACACACACACCUCACUGCACACGCUCCACCUCACCUAUAUUUUUAUAUUCCACUCACGAGCGAUGCACAAGCCGUUUCCACUUCACCCGCUGCACUGUUAGUUUGUCUGGAUCCUGCCACCGCCUCCUUGUUUUCGUGUGUGUGUGCGUGUGCGUGUGUGUGUGUUCUGAACGGUUGGUGAGGGGUUCAUUCCUGAAGGCAGUGACUUGACUUGAACCACUAACCGGAGUCUCUUCAGCAGUGUUGUCAGCUGAGCUCAGUUCCAAGGAAGUUCACACAUUUUUAAAUCUUAAAGGGAUUUUUAGCACAGUAGAUGCUUUUUUUAUUUAUUUUAUUUUGCCAAAAUCACUGCAAACAGGUGAAGACGCAGGAAGCGUCGAUUCCUCAGAAAGCAGAUGUCAACAUAUAAAAUUCAAAAAACUGUGACAAGAGAUGAGCACCGUCGCUGUGUAAACGGACCCAAAACACAACGAAAGAUUACUUUUUGGCUUCAAAACUUCGUGCAUUCGAGGCUUUUCGCAGCCUGGCAGCUAAUUGAUGCUCUUAAAACUUAAAAAAAUACAUACGUGACGUGAUGCCGGAUGUCAGCAGGCGAGCCGAAACCUGCAGGAUUUCUGAAAACGUGCACGUUAAAGGUUCAAGUUAUUAUUUAUCAGUUUGGUCUUUCUGCACUGAAAUGCUUCAGUUUGUGUUAAUAACUCUAAAAAAAAUGCACUGAAAGCAGUUUUUAAUACAAAAUGUUAUAAACCAGUAUAAAUGCACUCGAUCCAAACCUCUCCGUUUAGAAAAACUUUUUAAUUAUUUAUUUAUGACUCGCUUUUAUUUAAAACCAGAGCUCUCUAGUUCAUGCUUGUUUUCUUUGUGUUCUCAUGUGUUUGUGUGUGAAAUGUGGAUUUUAAAAGGAAGCGUUGCUCCUCGCUGGCUGCUGUAGAGACGUGAUGCUCUGAGAAACGGGACCAUGCCGCUCGCCAACAGUUUCCACUGACGAUGUUAGUUUGAGUCUUUGCGCGUGUUGAUGGGCGUCUGCAGGUGAGGCUCCGCCUCCGCCGCCGCCGCCGUGUGGGAUCGUUGGCUCACAGAUCACAUUAGAGGUCAAAGAAAAUCCAUUGUUUUAUUCAAACCGUGCAAAUCCCAAGGAUUAGCCCUGCGUCCCCCCACCCCGCCCCCCCCGGCCCGGCCCGCAGUAAUACCGCGGAGAAAGUACCCGUCUGGAUGCGUCGCCGCGUUCGCAGUAAUCCAGAAAGAAACGGCUGCAGGGUGACCUUUAAAGCGUGCGUCCCUCCCCGGAGGCUCUCUCUUUAUUUAUUUCUUUUCCGGCAGGCUUCCCUCGGGCCGCUCGGCGUCCGGCUGGAUUUGCAUGUUUUCGCUCGCGGAGCCGAGGAACUCUCCGGUCCUUCGUGAGCUCCUGAUGGGCGCGUUUGAUUUGAGUGCAGCGCUUCUGCCCUGCAGCUGUUUGGGUUUUGGACCGGAGCACGAAGUGAUUUGCACUUAUUUUAAAUCUGAUUAGAGGCUCACAAGUCUUCUGUCUCUAAUGAUAACGUGUAUUUUUAACCCUUUGUUGAAAUACUGCGCCACAGAUCGUCGUCUUCUAAGUCAGAUUGAAGCCGUUUAAACAGGAUAAAACCGAAAAAAAUCAAACAUUUUUCACCAAUUCUCACUUGAAAAGUCUCUCGAUUGACUCGAGCAUCAACUGCUUACUGUGCAGCGCUGUCCUGCUGUGUAACGUAUCAUUAGUGCUGCAGAACGUCAACGUGUGGUAUCUUCAGUAUCGGUGAUCGAUCGAUCGAUCGCUUUUUGCACUUGUUUUUAUUUAAUGGCAAAUAGAUGCACUUUUCUUUGCACAGCGCUUGGAAUCGCUCACGGCAGCUCGGUCGGUCGAUGUCGUGAGACACGAGCGCUACUCUCACACCACGUGUUGAGAUUGCAAUAACAGUAAAUGUGCAAUAUUGACAUGGCGAUCACGGGAAAUGUGCAGCACUGAUUGUAGCAUUAGUUUGAUUUAGGUUGUUUUUCUUGGUUUAUUUAUUAGAAUUUCAAAGUAAAAGCAUCAGUCAGGAUUGAUCAGAAGGGAAAGAUGCAGCUGUUCAGCACAUCGGGGCGUUUCGCCGCUGAAGGGUCGAAAGCAGCUGAUUGGAUCAGGACUGAACCCCUCGGCCCUGCUGCGGGGUGUGUGUGUGUGUGUGCGUGUGCGUGUGCAUGUGUGUGUUUUCAUGGCUUCACUGUCAUUCCAGCUGCUCUUCUGGAGUUGUUGGGUUCUGAAGCCCAACGUGUGAGUCUUUUUUUUUUUCUACGAUGGAGGCAGAGUUUACGUUUUAACCGAGCCCGGCCCGCCGACUCGCCGCCAAUCCCGUCUCAUCUCGCCAAAUCAGCUGACGCGUCGCACAUCCUCCGCUUCCUGUGCUGACUCACAGGCCCACCGGGAUUCCCCACAGUCUCCUCCUCCUCCUCCUCCUCCUCCUCCUCCUCCUCCCUCGCUUCGUUAGUCAGACCACCGUUUGUCCACCAUGUAGAAGCUGAAUCUAAUGUACUUCCUGUGGCCAUCGAAUGAAACUGACAAAAGAAAAACAAACAAACAAACAAACAAAAAAAUUGCAUGAAAGUAGCUGUGAAUCAGACACUGAUGUCUCAUAGUGUUAGCUAAGCGUUUGUUCAGUGUAGCCAGCAGCAGCAGGUCAUCCGCCGCCCCCGGGCGCCGCCGCCGCCGCCAUGUGGGGAGCAGGUCUCCGGGCUGAGGGUGCCUCUCCUGCAGUGGUAGUACAACAUCCUCACACCCGCAGGUACCAGUAGGGACUCGAACACGGCCAGACGGGAGGCUUCCAGCGAAAUUCAAGCUUCAUUUUAUGGUUAAAAAAACAACAAUAGAAAGUUUAUUUUUUGGCUAAAAGUGAUGCAAACAUAAGGCGACGGUGGAGAUGAUCAGAGGCAAUACGGCACGAUCAACCUGCACUGUUCAUCCAUCUCAAAGGGCUUUGGAUUAGCAUAAACUACAGUUCUGAAGCAUAUUUAGAGUCCCUAUAAAUAAUGUAAAUACAUGUAUGUAGACGGAGUGUGCGUACAGCGCAGACGGAUACACCCCGAUCCACUUCUGUUGUUUUGAUACGAGGAGAGAAGGAUGCUGCUGCUUUCUCUCGCCGCCAACGCCAAACACAAAGAGGAGAGAGAGAGAGAGCGAAGCGGCGUGAAGCGCAGCAGGACUGACGCCGGUUUCACGCCGUCUUGUGACCGCAGUGGGGGGGAGCCGGCGGGCGGGUCAAUACCUCGUGACUACCACUGGUCUAUCUAUGCAUUAUCAACCCAAGGGUUCCUUUGCGUUCGGUCUGCGGCGGCGGAGGGCCCGGCCCCGCCAAGCCCCGCCCCCCAGCACGCCCCGCCCCACACAUCCUGGGUCUCCCACUUCUCAGGGUGCCAUAACAGUAGCUGGAACAUCUGGAACAUGGCCGGGAGACGUCUGUCCGUCCGUCCGUCCGUCCCUCCGCCGCCCCGUCUCUUCACGCUCCCAGCUGCAGUCAGUCCCGGAUUCUGAAUAAGGGGGAUUACAGGUGGCAUUUAUUUAAAAACAAAAACACACAAAAAAACAACUUGUUUUGUCUAUAUGUUAAAUGAAAGAAGAAGAAAAAAGACCUGAUGUAUGAAAACAAACGGGAUUUUUUUUUUAACAUGAUACAGGUGCCGGAUAGCCUUUUAACAACCUGUUUCUAAUGAUAACCUGUUGUUCUCUACUGAUCAUUACUGUCGCUGUGUGGGUCCUGGUGGACACACCAGUGUGUGUGUGUGUGUGUGUGUGUGUGUGUGUGUGUGUGCGUGUGUGUGCGUGUGCGUGUGCGUGCGUACAGGUACUGAGACGAGCCCGUUCUCUGCAGGAUGCAGGGAGUCUGUCUGUUAUCGUCUCUGCAUAUCUGCAGCGUCCUCAGCCACUUUUUAAAACGUGUCAAAGCAGCGAGCGCGGCGCCCUCUGGUGGAGGCCGCCGCCCCCUGCUCCUGUAGCUACUCUGCAGCCAAACGGCUUCUGAGGGACGGCUGGGAGCCUGUCCACAGGCCCUGUGUGUGUGUGUGUGUGUGUGUGUGUGUGUGUGUGUGUGUUCUCUUGCAAAGCAUGAAUUCCGUUCCGUUGUCCAGUUUCCCUCCCGUUGCACCGGCGGGCCGCCGCCGGCGUCCCCCGAGUGCCUCAUUUCCCAGGUGUGUGUGGCCCGUGUGCUCGUGCACACACACACACACACACACACGGCGUGCCCCUGUGCUCUACUUCUCAUGUCAGCGCCCUGUGUAACAGACAGGCUCUCACACUCCUCAGUCUCCAGCAACGAUUGUGCAAUAAACUGAAGUUUAUAUUUUUAA